CCUCUCCCCCCCCAAAACAAAAUGAGACUCUCCAAAAUGUGUCGGCUCAACGCGCUCAGCAUCUACUUGUGGGAGACACUCGUCUUCUUCAGCCUGGCGGCAUCCAAGGAAGCGGCCGCCCGGAAAGCCGCAUCGCCGAUGCCACCAUCCGAAUUCCUAGACAAGCUGAUGGGAAAGGUUUCGGGUUACGACGCCAGGAUCAGACCCAACUUUAAAGACCCCAAAGGCUCCAAAAAUGAAGCUACUCACAAGAAAGGUCCUCCCGUCAACGUCACCUGCAACAUCUUCAUCAACAGCUUUGGCUCCAUCGCUGAGACCACCAUGGACUACAGAGUGAAUAUCUUCUUGAGGCAGCAGUGGAACGACCCCCGUCUGGCCUACAGCGAGUACCCGGACGACUCUCUGGAUUUGGACCCGUCCAUGUUGGAUUCCAUUUGGAAGCCCGAUUUGUUUUUUGCCAAUGAGAAAGGGGCCAACUUCCACGAGAUCACCACCGAUAACAAGCUGCUGCGCAUCUCCAAGAACGGAAAUGUGCUCUACAGCAUACGAAUAACACUGGUGCUGGCCUGUCCAAUGGAUCUGAAAAACUUUCCGAUGGAUGUGCAAACGUGCAUCAUGCAGCUGGAAAGCUUUGGCUAUACGAUGAACGACCUGAUCUUCGAGUGGGACGAGAAAGGGGCCGUGCAGGUGGCGGACGGCCUGACGCUGCCUCAGUUUAUCCUCAAGGAGGAAAAAGACCUCAGAUACUGCACCAAACACUACAACACUGGCAAGUUCACGUGCAUCGAAGCCCGCUUCCACCUUGAGCGUCAGAUGGGUUACUACCUGAUCCAGAUGUACAUCCCGUCCCUGCUCAUCGUCAUCCUGUCCUGGGUGUCCUUCUGGAUCAACAUGGACGCCGCCCCCGCCCGGGUGGGCCUGGGUAUCACUACCGUGCUCACUAUGACCACGCAGAGCUCGGGAUCCAGAGCCUCCCUGCCCAAGGUGUCGUACGUGAAGGCCAUCGACAUCUGGAUGGCCGUGUGUCUGCUCUUCGUCUUUUCGGCGCUGCUGGAGUACGCUGCCGUCAACUUCAUCGCUCGCCAGCACAAAGAACUCCUUCGCUUCCGCCGGCGGCGACGGCACAUGAAGGAGGACGACGGCGGCGACGGUCGCUUCAGCUUCCCGAGUUCGGGUUACGGCGUGGGCCCGACAUGCCUGCAGAAGGACGGCAUGACGGCCAUUAAGGGCAACAACAACAAUGCCCCGGCGGCAGGGGCGGGGCACGCGGUGGGCGCGGCCCCCGAGAAGAGUAUCGAGGAAAUGAAAAAACUUUUCAUCGGCCGCGCCAAACGCAUCGACACAGUGUCGCGGGUGGCCUUCCCUCUCGUUUUCCUCAUCUUCAACAUCUUCUACUGGAUCACCUACAAGAUCAUUCGCAGCGAAGACAUACACAAACAAUAAAGGCAAAAUCGCAAGCACCGCGCUCCCCCUCCAGCGUCCUCAUCCUAUCGUCUUCCCUACUCUUUAUCAUAAUCUUCCUCCUCUCUCUCAUCCUCAUCUUUUGCUCCUUUUCAUUGUUCCUCAUCUUGAACUUCUUUCUCAUUUUCUCAUCUCCAUUUCCUCUUCCUCCUACCAUCUUCAUCAACACCUCCACACCUUUCUCUUCUCCAUUUCUUACUCCAUCUUAUCCUCCUCUUCUUGCCCCGCUUCAGAUUCUUACAUGAUACACUGUCCCUCUCUGCAUUCUUCAUCCUCCCUUUUCUCCUCUUCCUCCAGACAGGAAAUGAAUGGCUGCAUGACAAGCGGAGUCAAAAAAAAGAAAGAAACAUUUAGUGAGCUAAAGAGGCCACGCCCACCAAGCCAUUUGGGCGGAGUCACCUCCAUAAUAGCGUCACAAACUCAAGCUCCGCCUCUUUGUUGGGACAUGACCAGAAUAUUUAUGAACUUUUUGAUUUGAUGUUAAUGCUAGCGCGCUAAUCUCUUCACCCCCAGCAGUGAUGACAAAAAUUACAUUAAGACGCCCACAGGAACCUGUGCUUAUUAAUCUUUUGUUUUGAAACACUGAACAGAUUUGUUUCUUAUAUAUUUUGUCACUGUUAAAAUUUUGAUUAUUCCUUCUUUCUUUUUGUAUUUUUAAUAUAGAUUAUAUUUUUUCUUUUAUCUUAUUCUUGUUUUCAGCCAUUUUUUUCAGGAGGUUUUUAUUUUUGUAUGUAUAAAAUUAUUGUCAUUAUUUUGUUUUAUUAUAACUUUAUUUUUCUAGUACAAGGCUUGUUUUUUUAGUUUUGUGGGAGACAGGAGGAUGGAUGUGCCAAACUGACUGGUUUGAUUUGUGCUUCCUGAACUUGAUCCUCACUUGGCUUCUCUAUGCAAAGCGCUCCGUAUGCAAAUGAUGUCGCCAUCGCCUGCCAAUCAUCCACUGAUUAUCUGUCAUGUGACACCAAGCGAGUCCUCGAAUAAUUUUAUUUUGACAAAGAAGAAUUUCUACAACAGAAGUCGCCGACAAAACGUCACACUUUCACGUUUUGCCUUUUUUUUUUUUCCUUCUGGCAGAUGUGUGUCCAUCAUAGUCCAAACCAGCAGCAACUUGUGCAAAAAUGUUGUCAACUCAAAGAUUUACAAAUCAAAGAUUUAGAUUUAAUUGUGUGAGAUUUUUCUGGAAAGAAUGGAAAAAAAGCAAAGACAUUUGAAACUAGCAGCAUAAAUGCUCAUGCUAAAUUGGCUAACAAACUGGGUUUUUCACCGGGCCUCUGUGCUAGCCUCAUCAGCAUUAGCUAUUUUCAGCAUAUAGACCAUUCUUUGGGUUUUGUGUUGUUCGUAAUUCAGGCUUACGCUGAUUGAUAUUAUCUAUCAGCAUCGUAUCUUCUGUUCAAACAUUUCUUGGUCCACCUGCUACUGACAAAUUAAUGUCAGGUAGUUUGGGAAAAUCCCAGAUUUUUCAUCCAAUUUGUUGGUGAAAGAGUAAAAAACGUUUAACAACUAUGAAACACAUGCUAGUGCUUGUUGACUAACAGCUAGCUUAGCUUCGUCAUCAGCUGCUUUUUGUAACAUACAAAUUGACAAACAGAUUUUUACAACAACUAGCUGCUAGGCUUUUUGUGCCAUUCAAACGCCAUUGUUGACUCACUAGAAAGUUAGCAUCCUGUAGCAGCAAACACUACACCAGGUGUAAAUGUUUCUUUUAUUUUAUUUUUUCUAUGGUACACAGCUCUCUAGUGCUUCCGACAAGGCAAACUAUUACGUCUUUGCAAUUUGAAAAUAGUGUUGAAAAUGUAGGUUGGUUGGGUUGUUUGUUUUGUUUUAUUUUUCAGCAUCACUAUUCCUGCUGCUUGUUUUCAUGCUAACAAACCAUGCUACCUUGCUAUCCUUUUUGAUGAGGUUGAAUUUACGUUUUUAUUAUGUCAGUUAGUGCCAUAGCUACUGUUGCUAACUAGCUAGCUGGGGAAACUAGCUAGCUGGCUAGUUAUUUGAGGGCAUGCAAAGGAAAACAAACAACAUGAGGACCUAUGAACGGGGUGGGAAAACUUUUCGUGAUGGCAAAGAAAAUAAAUAAAAUAAUGAAUUCUCAUCUUUAUUGGUAUAUAAAAUAUAUUAGAAAUAUUACCUAUUACAGUCGUUUUGUUUUAAUUGAUUAUAUAAAUGUACAUGUAUUGUAUAAAAUAUACAUAAAUUGAUAAAUGUA